GCCGUUCCAUCCGGAAACACAGGCCAUGUGGGGCUCCCAGGAUCUGCUUCUACUGGGGUUCCUGGUGCUGGCGGCGGGUGGCACCGAGCACGUCUACCGGCCUGGCCGCAGGGUGUGUGUCAUCGGGGCUCCCAGGGGCCCCGUGUCCGAGUCCUUUGUGCAGCGUGUGUACCAGCCCUUCCUCACCACCUGCGAUGGGUACCGAGCCUGCAGCACCUACCGGACCCUCUACAGGACUGCCUACCGCCGCAGCCCUGGACCGGCCCCCACCCGGCCUCGCUAUGCUUGCUGCCCUGGCUGGAAGAGGACCAGCGGGCUGCCCGGGUCCUGUGGAGCAGCAAUAUGCCAGCCACCAUGCCAGAACGGAGGGAGCUGUGUCCAGCCCGGCCGCUGUCACUGCCCUGCAGGAUGGCAGGGCGACACCUGCCAGACAGACGUGGAUGAGUGCAGGGCUGGAGGGGGCGGCUGUCCCCAGCGCUGUGUCAAUACUGCGGGCAGUUACUGGUGUCAGUGCCGGGAGGGGCACAGCCCAUCUGUGGACGGGGCACUCUGCCUGCCCGGGAGAGGGGCCCCCAAGGUGGCCCCAAACCCCGCGACAGGAGUGGGCAGUGAGGUGGUGGAGGAGGUGCAGAGGCUUCAGUCGAGGGUGGACGUGCUGGAGCAGAAGCUGCAGCUCGUGCUGACCCCGCUUCACAGCCUGGCCUCGCGGGCCCUGGAGCACGGGCUCCCGGACCCCGGCAGCCUCCUGGCCCACUCCCUCCAGCAGCUGGACCGCAUUGACUCUCUGAGCGAGCAGAUCUCCUUCCUGGAGGAGCAGCUGGGUUCCUGUUCUUGCAAGAAGGAGGUGUGA